UUACGGAAGAAGCUCACUAAAGCGGCUGGCUACGGUCUCCAAAACUGACCCCUAUUUUAGUGUAAAUUUAGUGGAUUUAACGCAUAUUUACAUCUUUUUGACCGCCGUGGAUCGAUCUGGAUGGGGACGAGUGUGUUGAGACACCAUUAGAGUUCGUGCAGGAGGUUAAAAAUAGAGGGAAAAGGUGAAGGUGAAUCUGUCCUGUAGGUGAGGAUGCAGGAGGCUGUGCAGGGGGGUGGGGAUCGAGGCGAUGUGGCCCAGCCGCCUGCGAAAGAUGGCCCUACCUUGGAUAUCAGCACCGAGCCAGUAGGUCCCCGAGUGGUGACCUUUGACCUUCUCAACAUGGUGGUCUCCUACAAGCGGAUGGCCAUUUUUUUGGAGCCGGUAACGGACGCGCUGGAGGUGUUGCGCUACCUGCUGGGAUGGAGAAUGCCUCUCUGUUCUCUGCUGUGCUGCCUCCUCCUGAACAUCCUCUUCAUCACUCUGACUGAAGUGGCUUGGUUCUCCCUGUUCCUGAUGGUGGUUACUGUCCCCGCUGUUCUGGGUUACCUUGGCGACCGUUGCCAGGGUGUUGCUAGUGAGACGGCUGUGCAGAAGAAGAAGCAUUUCGCGGUUCAGCGCAGAGAACUGCAGACCGUCCACAUGAGCCGCCAGGAGGCCAUGCUGGAGGUCAAGGGCCUGCUGAAGCGACUGGACGACCUCCUGACCCAGGCAUGCGUUUAUGCAGAAUCUGCCUAUAAGAUCUUAUACUGGGAGAGUCACGCGUCUUCUUCUGUGUUUUACGGUUUCCUGUUGAUGACUGUGUGUUUGCUGUACACCGCUCCUGUGGGUUGGAGUCUGUCUGUGAUCAACAGCGCCCUCUUCCUGUGGAACAGAGACUUCUGCAGAGUUGUUCUGCAGCUGAAGGAGUUUUUCCACCCGACUCCAUCACAGCCGGCAGACGGAGAGACCGAAAAGAGUGAAACAGAACUGGGAAACUUACUGGACCGGACCCCGACUCCCACCAGCCUGGAGGAUCUCUCACCAGGUAGUGUAGAGGAGGCUGAGGAGGCGGAGCCUGACGAGGAGUUUAAAGACGCCAUAGAGGUGUUGCCUGCAGUAAUCGGGCUGACCAAAGCCCUGUGGAGACGCAUGGCUCAUAAGGAUGAUGAGGAGGUGUCUGUGGGCAGUGCUGACUAUGACUCCGUAUCUGAUAACGGCUUGUUGAGCAGGAACGAGCCCAUACGCAGCAAAGUAUCCAAACUAACAGAGAAGCUCCGCAAGCGUGUGCCCACCAACCCCACCGGUAACUGCUCGAGCUGUGCUGCAGCGUUCUCUGUGUUGAAGAAGAGGAGGUACUGCACUAACUGUGGCGUUAGCUUCUGUUCUCGCUGCUGCUCCUACAAAGUGUUCAAGUCCAGUAUGGGAGCCACAGCUCCAGAGGCACAGAGAGAGACAGUGUUUGUGUGUGCUAUGUGUAACGCCGCACUCAGCAGCAAGUAGGACCUGCGUCCCAUAAUAAUAACCCAUUCCCUCCAUCGUACCUCGGCAAAAAUCUCCUCAGCAACAGGAGCUGCGGGUGGAGCCUGACGUGCUCCAGUUCCGGAGGUUAAUGUCUUUUAGUCCCAAGUUGCUAAAACUGAGCUUUUUUGCUUCCUGCCUCCAACAUGCCCCGUCUCCCCUCUUCCUUAUAUAUUCCUCAGAAAGUUCACCAACAUUACUGCCAUGGCUGCUUUCGCUAUUGUGGCAGCAGAAGCUUCAGCGAGUCACUCCAUCAGGCCCUGUGAAAACAUGACGGUUAGUAUGCUCUCUUUGGUGAAUCCAGGUAUCAUCUUGGGGCGGUUACGCUGCUGUUUUAGCAGUACUUGAACUGGACUUUUAGUUUAGGGUGAAGCCCAAUAGGAGUAUAAGGCUUCUCAAAGCAGGUGGCCUCAAACUGGACUCUGGUUUGGUGACGACUGGACCUACUGGACACUUCAAAAGCCCUUUUAAUUCAUCCCGAAGACCAAAACCCGCAUUACUUACUCUUAUCACAUCAUCUACAUCAUCUACAUCAUCGUCUAUGUGACGUCAUGUUUGUGGAAUCAUCAGCUACUACUGUGACAUCACCUUCCAGGAUCAUCAGCCGCCAUUGUGACACGGUGUUCCGUGAUCUGCAGCAGUUAUGACAUCAUUGCCUGUCAGAACCAUUGUGACGUCAUCUGCUGUGAGGAUUCCAAGGACUGUUCCUCAAACCAGGGUCUUAACUGUUCAAGCAGCUGCACUGUAUUUAUUUGAAGGUCUACGUUUGACACAGUUCUGAAGCAGAACUUGGAGGGAGAGAAGUUGUAAGAGACACUGUGUCUGUUACAAAGA